UCUCUUUAAACCUGGAUAGCUGAGCAUGGCUGUGGGUUCACAGAAAGCCAACUGAUCCAAUUCACAAUGCAUCAACUUUUCAGAUUGGUUUUGGGGCAAAAAGAUCUUUCAAGAGCCGGGGACCUCUUCUCUUUAGAUGAUGCUGAAAUUGAAGACAGCCUGACGGAAGCAUUGGAGCAGAUUAAAGUCAUUAGCUCAUCUUUGGAUUACCAAACUAAUAAUAAUGACCAGGCAGUGGUUGAAAUCUGUAUCACAAGGAUCACAACAGCCAUCAGAGAAACGGAAUCCAUUGAAAAGCAUGCCAGGGCCCUGGUGGGACUGUGGGAUUCCUGCUUGGAACACAACCUGAGACCUGCAGGGAAAGACGAAGACACUCCACAUGCAAAAAUCGCAUCUGAUAUUACGAGUUGCAUCUUGCAGAAUUACAACCGGACCCCUGUGAUGGUCUUAGCUGUCCCCAUUGCAGUGAAAUUCCUCCACAGAGGCAACAAGGAGCUGUGUAGGAACAUGUCCAACUACCUGUCCCUGGCUGCUAUCACCAAGGCAGAUCUCCUGGCUGAUCACACAGAGGGGAUAAUAAUGAGCAUUCUCCAAGGAAAUGUCAUGCUGUUGAGGGUGUUACCUGCUGUGUAUGAAAAGCAGCCUCAACCAAUCAACAGACACCUGGCAGAACUCCUGGCCUUGAUGCCUCAGUUGGAACAGACAGAACAGUACCAUCUCCUACGGCUUUUGCAUGUAGCAGCAAAGAAAAAAGAUGUGGAGGUGGUUCAGAAAUGUGUUCCUUUCCUCAUCAGGCAUUUGAAGGAUUCAACCCAUAAUGACUUCAUCCUAAACAUCCUCAUAGAAAUAGCAGGCUACGAGCCGCUGGCUUUGAGCAGUUUUCUACCAAUGCUGAAGGAGAUUGGGGAGAGAUUUCCCUACCUCACUGGACAACUGUCUAGGAUCUUUGGUGCUGUUGGCCAUGCUGAUGAAGAAAGAGCCAGGAGCUGCCUAAGAUAUCUGGUGAGCCAGCUGGCUAACAUGGAGCAUUCAUUUCACCAUAUUCUACUGCUGGAAAUUAAGAGCAUCACUGAUACCUUCUCUUCCAUCCUGGGACCUCACAGCAGGGACAUCUUCCGAAUGAGCAACAGUUUCACCAACAUUGCCAAGCUGCUUUCCCGACAACUGGAAAACGGAAAGGCUGGGAAUGGCAGGAGAAAAACUAAUGUUGAAGUUGGCAUUCCUGAGAAAGUGGGAGGAGCCAAGACCAUGGAGCCUGAAAUUGAAGACCAUGAAAAACUCCAAGUUAAAAUUCAAGCUUUUGAAGACAAAAUAAAUGCUGAGGGCAAUACCCCUGCUUCUGUCCGGAGAUACAGUUUAGACCAGAUCUCUAAGGAAGAACAAAGAAACAUUAGAUUUAGCAGGUCCAGAAGUUUGGCUUUGAAUAUGGUGCUCACAAAUGGUGUAAGUACAGAAGAUGGGGAGGCUGCAGAAAGGGCAGGAAUACAUGCCAGCAUCUCUCUUUCAGAAAUAGACCCACUUAGCCACGGAAUUUGCAACUUGCCUCUCAAGAUAGAUACUCAUGGAUCACAGCUGAAAAAUUCCUCAGCCUCACAUCCAAGUAUUAUAUAUAUAGAACCAGAGAAUAAACCUGAAACUCUUAAAGAAAACAUCCAGGAAGAAAUGCCAGAGACAACCACAAGUCCUGUUGAAUACCAUGAUAAGCUCUACUUGCAUUUAAAGGAAAACCUCAGUAAAGUGAAGGCUUAUGCCAUGGAAAUUACAAAAAAAGUCCCAGUCCCAGACCAGUGCACCAUUGAAGAAACCAUGAGAAGUUGUGUGGCAAAGCUGUUCUUUACCUGUUCCUUAAAGGGCCAUUACUGCCUGUACAGCAAGUCCAGUUUCACCCUCAUCAGCCAAGCACCCCAGCCAUGGAUCAAGAUCAUGUUUCUCUUCCAACAGAACCUGUUUACUGAACCCCUGUCCAUUCAGAGUGGGUCUGUGCAGUUCCUCAAAGGCCUAUGGGAGAAGACACAGGCCAGUGGAACCCACAGCUUUGAAGACGCCAUGACAGAGUCCACAUUUCCACAACAGAAGGAUCUGGACCAGGUUCAGCUCCAUCUGGAAGAAGUGAGGUUCUUUGACGUGUUUGGCUUCAGUGAAACAGCAGGGGCAUGGCAAUGCUUCAUGUGCAACAACCCUGAAAAGGCAACUGUUGUAAAUCAAGAUGGCCAGCCUCUCAUUGAAGGAAAACUUAAAGAGAAACAAGUGAGAUGGAAGUUCAUCAAGAGGUGGAAAACUCGUUAUUUUACAUUGGCUGGAAACCAACUUCUGUUUCAGAAAGGAAAAUCUAAAGAUGAUCCUGAUGAUUCCCCAAUAGAACUCAGCAAAGUACAGAGUGUGAAGGCUGUGGCUAAGAAACGCCGGGAUCGCUCUCUCCCUCGGGCUUUUGAAAUCUUCACAGAUAAUAAGACCUAUGUUUUCAAAGCCAAGGAUGAGAAGGAUGCAGAAGAAUGGCUGCAGUGCAUCAAUGUGGCGCUUGCCCAAGCGAAAGAGAGGGAAAGCAGAGAAGUGACCACAUAUCUAUAAAAGACAUGUACACCACCUCUUACAAACAUGCAUGAUGGGCAUUGCCAAUGUCAACAAAAAAAAAGAAG